UUUUUUUGUAUCCCAGAAUCCUUUUACUGUCAAACAUUUCAAGUUUUCAAACAUAAUUACCGCAUCAAUUUAAUAGUUAGUUCACAUAUAACCAUUUGGUAAUGACUAAUAGGUACCCUAAUACCCCUGGUAUUUGGACAAAAGAGCAAGUGGAAGCAUGGAAACCUAUUGUGGAUGCAGUUCAUGAGAAGGGUGGCAUUUUCUUUUGCCAGAUUUGGCACGUCGGAAGAGUUUCUAACUAUGGAUAUCAGCCGAAUGGCCAAGCUCCAAUCUCAAGUACAGAUAAGCCUCUGGUACCUCAAGUGAGAGCAAAUGGUAUUGAUGUUGCACAGUUCUCCCCUCCACAUCGUUUAUCAACAGAAGAGAUACCUCGAAUAGUUAAUGAUUUCAGAGCCGCUGCACGAAAUGCCAUUGAAGCAGGCUUUGAUGGAGUUGAGAUACAUGGUGCUCAUGGAUACCUAAUCGACCAAUUCCUAAAGGACCAAGUCAAUGACCGAACAGACAAAUACGGUGGAACCCUAGAGAACCGCUGUCGCUUUGCGUUAGAAGUAGUCGAAGCAGUAGUCAAUGAAAUUGGAGCUGACAGAGUUGGGAUAAGAUUAUCGCCAUUUGCAAACUACUGUGAGGCUGGAGACUCAAACCCAGAAGCUCUCGGUCUCUACAUGGCCAACUCACUUAACAAAUUCGGUAUAUGUUAUUGCCACAUGGUUGAGCCUAGGAUGAUCACAGUUGGAGAAAAGUUAGAGACUCCUCACUCUCUUCUUCCCAUGAGAAAAGCUUUUAACGGGACGUUCAUGGUCGCUGGCGGAUAUGAUAGAGAAGAAGGCAAUAAAGCGAUAUCGAAUGGUUAUGCAGAUCUUGUUGCUUAUGGUCGAUGGUUCUUGGCUAAUCCUGAUCUCCCUCGAAGGUUUGAAUUGAAUGCUCCUCUCAAUAGGUAUGAUCGAAAUACCUUUUAUAUUGAAGAUCCUGUAGUUGGAUAUACAGAUUACCCAUUUCUUGAUUCGAAUACUUAGACCUUUCUAUCAUUGUGUCAAUUAUUGGGAAACUGAUGGCAGUACAAACUAAUAUGUCUGAUUAUUUGGAGUUUCUCUAUGAUAUUUGCUUAAUAGCUUUGUGAUUGUAAUACGUGAAAACUUCCAUGCAUGAUUGUGCUUUUCUCAAAUGUACCUGUGCUUGUUUGUGUGUAUAGACAUUUUAAGUUUCUGACA